CCUUGAGACUCUACCAUCCCUCCAACUGCGCUCGUCUUAUCCUCACCCAGUUCCCGCCAACAGCGGCCAGAGCGCCGCCGCCUGAUACCCAACAGCAUCGAUGGCGGCGAGGGUCCCGGCGGCCGAUCUCAACCAGCACCUCUCGUCGCCGUUCACCUCAUUGCGCUGCCGCAGUCCAAGUGACGCCGCCCUUGAGGCGCCUCUCCGCGUAGCAUCCAGGACGCCGCUGAGACGUGCGAGAUCCACGAGCACGAGGAUCCUCAUCUGCCGCAGUGCCGCAGGGGGGGUGCAGGGCUCUGGAGGAGGAGGAUCCAAGAGGAGGAGGAGGGAGCCGCUGCGGCGCGGGGCCGUCAGCGCGCGCCUCCCGGUGCCGGACCACAUACCCCGGCCUCCCUACGUCGGCGCGGGCGCCGUCCCGGACGUGUGCCCGGACCGGCAGGUGCACGACGGCGAGAGCAUCAUGCGGAUGCUGGACGCCUGCGAGCUCGCCGCUCGAGUCCUGCACCAUGCCGGAGCCAUGGUCAAGCCCUCUGUGACGACGGAUGAGAUCGAUAGAGCUGUGCACCGGAUGAUCGUCGACGCCGGCGCUUACCCCUCCCCACUUGGAUACGGCGGGUUCCCCAAGAGCGUGUGCACGUCGGUGAAUGAGUGCACCUGCCAUGGAAUCCCCGACUCGCGCGAGCUACAGGAUGGAGACAUUAUCAACAUUGAUGUUACUGUCUAUUUGAAUGGCUACCACGGGGACACCUCAAGAACAUACCUGUGUGGAGAAGUCGAUGAUGCUACUAAGCAACUUGUGAAGGUCACUGAAGAGUGCAUGAUGCGCGGCAUAUCGGCCUGCAAGCAUGGUGCUAGUUUCAAGGAAAUUGGCAAGAGAAUAAGUGAGCACGCAGAGAAAUAUGGCUAUGGCAUCGACCCUUUUGUUGGGCACGGCGUCGGGAGGAUAUUCCAUUGCGAACCCAUCAUAUGGCAUACCUACGAUUACGAGCCAGGGUUCAUGGUUGCAGGCCAGACAUUCACCAUCGAGCCAACGCUGUCGAUGGGGAGCACGCAGUGCGUGGUGUGGGACGACGGCUGGACGGCUGUGGCGGUGGACGGCAGCCUCAGCGCGCAGUUCGAGCACACCGUGCUAGUCACCAGCGACGGCGCCGAGAUUCUAACUGGGUUUCCCUAGCAUCACAUGAGCAUGGAUGGAUGUGGACGCUGGUAUCUUUUGACAAUUUUACUUGAAUAGAAUCUGCGUUGUUACGAGCAAACAGAUACUGAAAAAUCCCAUUAUCUUUAGGGAUUUAGAUGGGCAUGUAGCCGUUCAAGUGUAAGAAAAUAUAACUUUCACAAUACAGACAAUAGACACCACCUCAAUUAGUGUAUAGUUUGUGUAUUGCAACCAAAGAUAUUUGAGAUAAGUCCUAUUAGUUAUACAUAA